CAACACACAGCCCCCCUAUGCAGCCUAUGCAGCCUAUGCACUUCUUUGAUGACGGGGUGAUGUGUGGUGCCCCGACAGUCGUCUGGUUUCCGAAUGCUCACACCACCGUCCGAAGACGUUCCGGGUACGAACUCAGACGACGAGACGCAGCGAAGAACGGGACGGAACGAACCUGAAGGUGUUGUUCUCCGGGCCGCGAAGCCUAUGGGGAGCCAUGCGCGCCUUUGUCGACCGAUGGUGCCAGAGUCGACCAGUGCUGGUAGCCAUGCUGAUGGUCUCCUACUCUGUGCAGAGGCAUGAUGGUCACCUCAGCCCUGGAACGGACUCAGCGACGCCCGCCAAACCCAACGACUGGUUGGUCGCGGUGCAAAACAUUCAGACCCGUUCUCUACCAGAAUCUACUGGAGGCAAGGCUCAUCCACCAGUUCGAGAUAUACAACUUUUUGCUUUACCUUGUUAAGCUGACCAGGCAUGAAGGCAGACCAAGGUGGGAGGGUGCCUCACAGCUCACAGUGAUGGCCCAUGGAUACGCAUAGAUGUGAAGUACAAAGAAUGCUGGACUAGUGCCUGUCUGACUAUUUUUGAUCCCAGCUCUCUUUUCAACAGUGUUUCUCAUGGAUUCUAUCAACAAAGCAUAACAAAGUAAUGGGCCGCUUCAAAACCAUCGGGUGACUUCAGUGCCCGUUUCACAAGUCACUGAGGCAAAGCCACAGCAUCUCGAGUGUAAUCUAUGCACCUUUCCGUACGCACCUACCUCUCCUUCAACGUUACACCUGAACGAUCUCGAUCUGGUCCACUCACCGUGUCUUGACACCCAAAGGUCUCAAAUGCUAAGCUACUAGGUUGGAGGCCACCGUUACUAGGGUGGAGGCCAUUACUAGCAGCAAGAAGCUACUAGUAGCUAUUUGCUACUAGUAAUUUCCUUUUGGGGUCCCAGCCACCCUCUGAACGAUCCUCCCCGCCUGGCUGCGAAACUUCCCCACGUCCGCACGCGGACCUCGCCACGUGACCCGCAGUCUCUUGAUCACCUCUUCCAAGUCGCACGUCCAGUGCGUCGUUCGGGACGGAGUCGGACACCAGGUCGGUGGGGUUACUAGCGUCACAAAACGUGUACUUAAAAAGGGAGAGGCUUCCUCUUGCCAUUCGCUUCAUUUUUCGAAGUCUUCACGCAGCUCAUCCGCUCAUUUACUCAUCUUGUUUGAAACCACUCGGGAGGUCUGAGACACACCAGGUACAGCGCCACGGUGGCCGUCUUCUUCACCGAGUGCGUCAAACUGGUUUUUGCGCUGGUCAUGCUGCCACCGAAGGCGCUUUCCUCUUUGCAUAAGUCUGCAAGUUGGCUGUUUGCCGUACCUGCAGCGCUCUACACCCUCCAAAAUCGGCUGGUGUUUGAGGCGCUACAUUUCAUCUCACCACCAGAGUACCAGCUCCUGAACAACAUGAAGCUUUUCACCACCUCCCUGGUGUUCCGGGUGGUCAUGAAGCGUCAGCUGCGGGUGUUCCAAUGGUUGGCCUUGUUGCUCUUGGGUUUGGGCAUGGCAUUAGCCACCACACCCAAACCUGGAUCUACGACUCAAGAGGAUACUCGCCAUGAUGUGUGGAUUGGAUCGGCCAUCAUGUUCGCAGUCGCCUGGUGUUCUGCCGUUGCAGGUGUGAUGAAUGAAUGGCUCAUCAAGAGCAGCAGCAGCGUGUUGGAGGCGAAUGUGUGGCUCUAUCUCUUUGGUGCCUUGAUCACCCUGGCAUCGCUACUGGGGAGUGAGACAGCAGCGGAGGGAUACUUGGCAGGCUUUGACAGCUCCAUGCUUCCGUGGAGUGUUGUCCUCUGCAAUGCCGUUCUGGGUCAGUCCAUCGCUUUUCUUUUCAGGUAUGCUGAUUCCAUUGUGAAGCUCUACGCAGUUUGUGCGGCCAUGGCCCUCACCGCCAUUUUAUCGUCAAUUUUCCUGAGCUAUUCCUUGGAUUUUCAUACCCUGGGUGGCUACUUGGUGACUUUCCUCUCCAUGUGUUUGUACUACCUGCCCCCGGACGUGCUCUUCUCCAGCGACACGGACUUCUUUCACGGGCUCACCCACACGCGGAAAACCCAGUGAUUGGAGGAAGCCGGAGAGUCGAAAAGCCUCUCAGGCGGCAGCGGCCGGAGAA